CGGAGGUCAGCGGGGUGGACUGAGGGCUGCCGCUGCCGCAAAGCAACAGAGGCUGGACGUGCUCAGCAGCUGGGCGGACAGAGGAGCCGCUCCGCAAUGGAGAAAUUUCAGGCUGCGAUGCUGCUGGGCAGUGUCGGGGACGCUCUCGGUUACAGAAACACCCGAAAGGAGAACAGUGCUUCAGGCACGAAGAUCCAGGAGGACCUGCAGAAAGUCGGGGGGCUGGACCACCUGGUGCUCUCACCGGAGAAGUGGCCUGUGAGUGACAACACCAUCAUGCACCUGGCGACGGCCAGGGCCCUCACCACAGACUACUGGUGCCUGGACGACCUGUACCGGGAGAUGGUGAAGCACUACGUGGAAGUGCUGGAGAAGCUUCCAGAACAUCGAGCAGACCCUGCUACCAUUGACGGCUGCUCGCAGCUGAAGCCGGAUAACUAUCUCCUUGCCUGGCACACACCUUUCAACGAGAAGGGUUCGGGGUUUGGAGCUGCCACCAAAGCGAUGUGCAUCGGCAUGCGGUACUGGAAGCCCGAGCGGCUGGAGACCCUGAUCGAAGUCAGCAUCGAGUGCGGCAGGAUGACGCACAACCACCCCACAGGCUUCCUUGGGGCCCUAUGCACAGCCCUGUUUGCAUCUUAUGCCAUACAAGGCAAACCGCUGGAGCAGUGGGGGAGAGACAUGAUGAAGACGGUCCCGCUGGCUGAAGAAUAUUGUAAGAAGACCAUCCGGCACCUGGCAGAGUACCAGGAGCACUGGUUUUACUUUGAAGCUAAAUGGCAGUUUUACUUGGAAGAGAGGAAGCUCAGUGAAGACACCGAAAGUAAAGCCACCUUCCCUGACCAUUACGAUGCAGAGGAGAGGGACAAGACCUACAAGAAAUGGAGCUCAGAAGGCCGAGGGGGGCGACGGGGCCACGAUGCCCCCAUGAUUGCCUACGACGCUCUCUUAGCAGCCGGGAACAACUGGACAGAGCUCUGCCACCGGGCCAUGUUUCACGGAGGUGAGAGUGGAGCCACGGGGGCCAUCGCGGGCUGCCUGUUCGGACUGCUCCACGGCCUGGGAGCUGUUCCCGAAGGCCUGCACCAGGAGCUGGAGCACAGGGCGGAGCUGCUGCACCUGGGCGAGGCUCUCCACCGCCUGUCCACGGAGGAGAAGUAAAGCCACCUCCCCUGCCAGGGAGCCCUCCCAGCCCCGGGGCCCCAGGGGAGUCCAUGUGCAGCUCCCCCAACUCUCGGUGCACUGAGAGCUCAUGCCACAUUGACCAUGCUUAUAAAAUACAUUAUUUGUCCUACAAGAGUAUUUUCCCUAUCCUGGCCCAAAUCCAGUGCAUGAUGGAGGUCACCCUGGAUUUGCUACCCUCAAGUCUCCACAUACAGUGGUCGCAAGUAGUCUCUUGGACAACUGGUGUAUUUUAUUCUGUUGCAUAGCUAAUGCUUUUCGCUCACUCACUUCAACUAACCACAAGGGCUCUGCUCAGAAGGGCCUCCUCCAUGUGCAGAACCUUCCGCCACUGUCUGUUUCUAGCUCUUAGACAUGCACUUCAGCCACUGCCCACCUGCUCCCCCGCCCCAGCCGGGCCGUCCCUCCCAGGCGCCUGCUGCCCUUGCGUUCUCACGGCUGUGUUUCCCCAUCAGAGCAGUCAGUAUGCGCGCCUUCAGGAUGCAGCCAAAAGCACUGCGUUUAACCCGCCAGCCUACGUUUUUAAUCACACUAGAUCUUUAAAGCCAACCUUUUGGAACAACUAAGUGAGGAAACCAGGCAACACAGUUCUCACGCCGGCACCCGCAUCUUUCUUCUCGGGGUCUGCAGCUGUCACGCGUGCGUGGGUGCGGCCCAGGCUGCGGAGAGGGCCUGUGGCCGGCUCCACCCGGAUUUGCUGAAGGAAACAGAGCUGCUCCCUGUGGCCCAUGUUUCUCUCUGAGAAUCUUGAAAAGGAGAUAACGUGCUCUUGUUAAAAAUAACCUUGGACACUAUCUUUUUGAAGUAGCAUCUGGUGUGAAUAAAACAG